CAUAAAAACCAAACGGCUUUAUAUAUAUUUUUAAUUUAAAAUAUAAUGUCUUUUCAAAUUGAAAGAAAUGAUUAAUGUGCAAGAAUAGUUGGAACGCAAGCUCACAAAAGAUUGGAGCCUCACUUUGGUGAACUUUCAGUCACUGUAUUAUCUCCAAUGGCCAUGGUUGCAAGGCUUCACGUAUGCCCACAGAGCUUAGAGCACUUCAACUUCAACGACUACCAUAGAACCGGCCCAACGGUCAUCAUCGGGUCGGGUUUUCGGCGCUUCGGUUCGGUACUGCCCACGGGACGUAAUGGGUUUUGCUUGAAGCAGUGCAGGUCGUUUAGGGGUGAGGAUGGACGGGACGUGGAGGAAGAGAAAGAGACAGAAAGUGCGGGAAAGCGUGGGGAUUUGAAGAAGGGAAGUGGGAUUUGGAAAUCUUUGAGUUCUACUGUUUUGGGAGGUUUUGGUUUGCGUUCCAGAAAUUCUGAUGAAUAUAGGAAAGCUGUGGCCAAGUUGGAGGAGGUCUGUUCCUCGGCUGCCAUACAAAUUGGAAGAUAUAUUGUGACCAUGAUGAGCACUGGAGUUAUACUAGCAAUUGGGUUUCAGUUGUCAGGUGGAGACAGUCAGUUGAGUGAGCUAGUUUGGUAUAGCUGGCUCGGAGGAGUUAUUAUUGGAACGAUGAUAGGAGCUAACAUGGUUUUAGAGGAACACUGUCGAGCUGGUCCAAGAAAUGUUGUAAUUAGUGGAAGUACAAGGGGACUUGGAAAAGCACUUGCUCGUGAAUUUCUUCUUUCUGGAGAUCGUGUGGUUGUCGCUUCUCGGAGCCCUGAGUCUGUACAAGCAACUGUCAGAGAGCUCGAGGAAAACCUACGGGAAGGUAUGAUCAGUGCUGGUGCCUCCUCUAAGCACCUGGCACAUGCAAAAGUGGUUGGAAUAGCAUGUGAUGUUUGUGAACCUGGCGAUGUGCAGAAACUGGCAAAUUUUGCUGUUAGUGAACUCGGUAAUAUUGACAUUUGGAUAAACAAUGCUGGCACAAAUAAAGGAUUUAGACCCUUGCUUCAGUUUACUGACGAAGACAUUAAACAGAUUGUCUCGACAAACCUGGUUGGGUCUAUACUCUGCACUCGAGAAGCCAUGCGUGUAAUGAUAAAUCAGCCUAAGGGUGGGCACAUAUUUAAUAUGGACGGGGCAGGCUCUGGGGGGUCAAGUACCCCUUUGACAGCUGUCUAUGGGUCGACGAAGUGUGGUCUUAGACAGCUUCAAUCAUCACUUUUAAAGGAGUGCAAGCGGUCUAAAGUAGGAGUGCACACAGCAUCUCCAGGCAUGGUUCUUACUGAUCUGCUUCUGAGUGGCUCUUCUUUGAAAAAUAAACAAAUGUUUAACUUCAUAUGCGAGCUUCCUGAAACAGUAGCUAGAACUUUAGUUCCACGGAUUCGGGUUGUAAAGGGAUCGGGGAAGGCCAUCAAUUACUUGACACCACCUAGGAUUUUACUUGCUUUAGUAACUGCAUGGCUUCGACGUGGUCGAUGGUUUGAUGACCAGGGCAAGGCAUUAUAUGCAGCAGAAGCAGACCGACUUCGGAACUGGGCUGAAAACCGCACGCGUUUUUACUUUACGGAUGCAAUGGAGAUGUACACAGAGAACACUUGGGUGUCUGUCUUCUCACUCUCCGUUGUUUGUGCAUUCAUAAUUCUUUCUAGCACAACCAGCAACUUUCCUGGUACUUAAAGAUUUCCCUUAUACUUCAAAUCGAAACCGCUCGCACAAGCAGCAACCUUCAGGCAGAUGCUAUUUGUGAAGGACCAGCUGCAUUGCUUGGGACAACAACCUAGGCAAUAGAAAGUCGCCGAUUGAAUGGCGGGGUACCAUUUUUUUACCCUGCAUCGGUCACACACUAAACUUUUGUAAAGUAUUCAUUGUAGAUCAUCACAAGCCUAUUUGACUAUCACACA